UGAAAAAAUAUCGACGUUCUUUUUAUACGCGAGAGAGAGUCGGGGGUGCAAGUGUUGGUGUCAAAAGUAAAUUCAAUAAUUUCACAUUAAAAUGGUUGUUAAUUCAUCAUUAAAACUAAUAUAAAAAAAAAAUAAUAAUUACUUUAUCAAUAAUAAAUAUAAAUAAAUAUGAUUUGGGCAAUUGAAGAAAUGGAGCAGAGAGAUCUGCCACAGGCAAUUCGUCUUCUUGGUGAAAUGAAUGCAUAUGUUACAUUGGUCAUUCAAUUAGUUGACAAUAUGCUUGUACGUGUUAAAAAUGGUGAAGUUACAACAGACAAAGGCUUAAGUUUUUUGGAAAUGAAAUACAAUGUUCUGUUGUCAUAUUUAAUAAAUGUAUCAUAUUUGAUAUUACGUAAAUGUUCUGGUGAAAGAAUUGAAUGUGAUCCAUCAAUUGAUCGUCUUGUUGAAAUAAGAACUGUUUUGGAAAAAAUAAGACCAAUUGAUCAUAAAUUAAAAUAUCAAAUUGAUAAAUUGGUUAAAACAGCUGUAACUGGUACAAGUACAUCAGAUCCAAGUAGUUAUAAAGCUGAUCCUGAUGAUCUUAUGGCUAAAAUUGGUGCAAGUGAUGAAUCUGAUGAAAGUGACAUUGAUGAUGAUAAUGAUAAUGAAAAAUCAAAUACAAUUAAAAAAUCUGGAGUUUAUGUUCCACCAAAACUUGCAGCAGUUCAUUAUGAUGGUGAUGAAACAACUGCUGAAAAAACACAAAAAGCAAAUGAACGAGCUAGAAGACGUGCUGUUUCUGGUGCUGUAUUACGUGAGCUUAAAGAAGAAUAUCUUGAUACACCAAUUGAAGAUAGUCAAGGUGGUGAAAAACACAUGAGUAUUGGACGUGAAAAUCAACGUAAAAUUGAAUAUGAAGAAAAUUACAUGACAAGAUUACCAGUUACAAAACAAGAAAAACAUCGAAAUAAAAAAAUAUCAACAAUGGGACAACUUGGUGAUGAAGUAACGUCAUUUGGUGGUUCAUCAUCUGCAUCAUCAAAGAAACGAAAAGCACCAAAAGGAAAAGGAAAAAAAAGUUUCAAGAAGAAACGACAUUUUUAAAUUUCUUACGUUUCUCAAUGUUUACACUCGUCUUAAAUAACAUCAAGGUAAAGUAACUACAAGAUGAAAAUAAAAGAAAAAAAAAAAAAAAACAUUAAACUAAAUUUAAUAAUAAAAAUCUAAAAAUUAAAAAAAAAAUAAAUAAAUAAUAAAAAACACUUUGGUAAACACAAAAACUUCUGGUUUAAAAAUACUCUCAAAAAUACUGAAUUAUAGUUAUUAAUAAAUUAAAUUAAAAAUUUAGAAAUUAAAAAUACUAGAUGAUGUUUGAUGAGCAACAUACGGACGAGAUUUGUAAUGCAAAAAAUUUUUUUAUUUCUCAUUGAAAUAGAAUAACAAAAUAAAAAAUAAAAGAGGUAAAAAAAAUAAACACAAUAGUUCAAAUAAAAAUAGAAAAAAAAAAUAAUAAAAUUUAUAAACAUAAAAAAAAUAGUUCAAAUAAUAAUUUUUUAUUUUUAUGAUGUCAAAAUACAUAUUGCCCAAUACACAAUAGACUGAAACAUUUUUUUUUUUUUUAAUUUAAACAAUUCAUUUAUUAUAAAGAAAAAAAAAAAAAAAACGUUCGGAAUUUGCAAUGAUAAAAAUUAAACAGUUUAAAAAACGCAUGUAUUAGGGUUUUAUCGCUGUUCUAGGGUAUAGAUUUAAGAAAAAAAAAAAAACAUAGCUCAUAGUUUAAAUAAUUAUUAAUCGUAUUCUUAAUUUCUCUUCUGGUGAAAAAAUAAAUACACAAUGUUAGGGCUACAUUUCGGUGUCGUUGGUCAAAGCUUGCGUUAAGUUUUAUUAUUUAAUUAUGUUUUUAUUUGUUUUUUUAUGUUUUUUUUUUUUUCAGCUAUUAAAGUUGAGUUGUUAUGUAUUAAUCUUAUCUUAUAUGAAGAAAAAAAAGAUAAAAUAAAACAAAAAGUGUCAAAAUUCAAAAUUUAAAAGAAAGAAAAAAAAAGAAAAAGUCAAAAUUUCAAGUAUAUUCUAUGUGUAAUUGUAUUAUGUUUGAAAUUUUUUAGUUUCCUCGGGACAAUAUUACGUGUGA